AUGGAGCCCCGCAGAACCCCUCCAGAGUACUUUCUGGAGAUUUUCGCAGACUCCACGACCGUGAGAGAUGUAUUAAAAGGCAUUUUAAACCUAAUCUUCUUCCACCGAUACUUCCCUUCCAUCCGUCCCACCACCUUUGACGUCCUCGAUCUCACCCUUCCCGCCAUCAACGACGUCGAUCUCGAAACCCUCAUCGACACCCGUGUCUCCUCGCUCGUCCGCCAACACCUUUCCUCCGCUGCGGGCAGCAAUAACGUUCUCGAUGGCGGGAGUGGCGGCGUGCGCGGUCGGAUAGCCGUCGAGUUCUAUGAGAGGAAGCGAAGAAGGCCCGGAAUGUGGUUUGGGGGGUUGGCGGGGAUGACGGGGAAGGGGGAGGAGGAGGUUUGCUGGGAGAUUUGGACGUUGGAUGUUACUAUCGCUACGCCGCGGACGGAGUCUGAACGCGCAAAAGUCCGCAAAGCGAUGGAGAACAUGCUCCAAAAGGCAGCCUUCAAGAUCCUCGCCGUCGUCAACAGGGAUAAGGACCAUAUCCCGCCUAUCACGACUAGCGAAUCGAAUCCGUUCCCGUAUCGCAUCGUGCUGAAUCCGCGGAGCGACAGCUGGCAGAAUCGCAUCGGUAUUGGGUUGUAUUGA